CACUCCGAUUCCCAAAUCCUGAGAUCCAUCUCCUCCCCUCCCCAUCCCAUGGCGGCGUCGGCGCCGACGGGCUGCUUCAAGUGCGGCCGCCCCGGCCACUGGUCCCGGGACUGCCCCUCCGCCCCACCAUCCUCCUCCACCAACCCCAACCCCAAUCCCAACCCCGCCGCCGGCGCCGGCGCCGCCCGCUUCGCCCCCUACAAGCCGAGACAGUUCUCGAAACCCGCGGCGGCGGCGGCUGCUCCGGCGGAGGGGGAGGAGGCGCCGCAGGAUGGUGCUAAGAAGAAGAGGAAGGAGAGAGCGACGCGGCCCAAGCUCACGCCGGAUCUCCUCCUCUCCGACGACGGCCUGGGCUUCGUCCUCCGCUACUUCCCCAAGGCGUUCAAGCCCCGCGCCCGGCCUGGAUCCGAGGUGGAAGACCUUGGCAAUCUGAUCAAGCUUUACGCGGACUGGCACUCUCGCUUGAUCCCUUACUACUCCUUCGAUCAGUUUGUGCGCAAAGUUGAGAAAGUUGGGGCCAGUGGCCGCGUUAGGAGAUGCAUUUUGGAAUUGAAGGAAAGGGUUGCCAGAGGGGGAGAUCCUACACUACUGCAUCAACCGCUAGUGGAAGAAGUCAUACCAGAGGGAGAACCUGAUGGAACCACACAAGAAGACCCAAUCCUGGGGACAGAACCUCCGUCGACGGACAAUCAUGAGGAUGUGGACCCAUUUGCGAUGGAAAGUGAUGACGUGGAUCCCAUGCAAGAGGAUUUGCUAAAUGAAAUAUACGAAAAGACAGCCGAUGAACCUGUAAUAAGAUCUGGCGAUGGAGGCGCUGAACAACCUGUGGCUCCAAGAGAGGCAGAGAAGCAUCAAGAUGGAGAGGAGAGUGGCGGAAGCAAGCCAAGCAAAGUUGAGCUGACGGAGGAGCAGAAGGCGCGCAUGGAGGCUAACCGGCUCAAGGCGCUGGAGAGAGCGGCAGCAGCCCGGGCUCGCGCAUCCCAGUCGCAGCCUACUACUGAAACUACCACCUAAAAGCGUGCAGUGUUUUGAAUCACUCCGCCUUGGAUGUUAAGCUGUGUAAGAAGCAUGAGUGGUGUGUUUCCGGUAAGGGCCAAGAUGGUGUUCGUUGAAGUUGAGGUGUAAAACCCAGAAAACAUUUUACUUUCGCCGGUGUGGAAGCUGGUAAUCUGUUUUGCCAGAAGAGUUGGUGAAAACCGCUAUAUUGCUGUGCUGGUGGCGGUGGACAAGCUACAAAAGACAUUUUGGCCAAA